AUGACCUCCAAAGUUAAACUUCAAAGACCAGUAGUCUAUCAUUACCCGCUUUUGACAAUGUCUCCACAGGAAAUAAAGCUGGAUAGACUGGAAACCAGAUUAUUUGGCUACAAGAAAAAGCUUCUUUGUCGGAACUUUGUUGGUGGUCGAUUGCUCGCAUGUAUUUUUAAGACAGAUACCCAUAAACCCUUGGACUUAGUCCUUACCGUCAUAUCAAAUCGUAUCAAAAGAUUAUCAACAUCUACACAAUGGCAAGAUGAUGGUAGUAGUUCUCAGGAUUCUCUGUUUAUCUAA